AUGUUGACGGUCGAGAAGCAGUGGAUUAAUGUGCAGCAGAAGACCUUCACAAAAUGGCUGAAUGAUAAGCUGAAGGCACGACUCCUGGCCAUUGACGACUUGGUCACUGACCUUUCCGAUGGUGUCAUUCUCAUUCACCUCCUCGAGAUUCUCGGAGGGGAGUCAUUAGGUCGCUAUGCAUCGAAACCCAAACUGCGCGUACAAAGAUUCGAAAAUGUGAACAAAAGUCUCGAUUUCAUCAAGGGGAGGAGGAUCCAGAUGACGAAUAUCGGAGCUGAGGAUAUUGUGGAUGGGAACCAGAAGAUCAUUCUGGGAUUAAUCUGGACACUGAUUUUGCGAUUCACCAUCAGUGACAUUAACGAGGAGGGCAUGACCGCCAAGGAGGGUCUGCUACUAUGGUGUCAACGGAAGACGGCAUGUUACGAUGAUGUGGAGGUUCGAGACUUCUCAUCUAGCUGGAACAAUGGCUUAGCCUUCUGCGCACUCCUCGAUAUCCACCGACCGGACCUGAUCGACUACGACUCGCUAGAUAAGAGCGACCACCGUGGGAACAUGAAGCUGGCCUUCGAGAUCGCAUCCAACGAAAUCGGCAUUCCAGACCUGCUCGAUGUGGACGAUGUGUGUGACGUGCCCCGACCCGACGAACGCUCCCUCAUGACCUAUAUCGCCUACUGGUUCCAUGCCUUUUCGCAGCUGGAGAGAGUUGAGAACGCUGGGCGACGAGUGGAGAAGUUCGUCAACAACAUGCACGGUGCAUGGGACAUGCAGAACUCAUAUGAGCGCCGGGUAAAAGAAUUAUUGCGAUUGAUCCGUGGCCAGCGUGAGCACUGGAAGACUGCCUCUUUUGAGGGAACCUACAAAGAUGCCAAGGAACAGGCACACCAAUUCUCGCUUUACAAAAGGAAUGAGAAGCGCCAAUGGGUUGCUGAAAAAUCUGACCUGGCUGCUUUGCUGGGUAAUAUCAAAACUAAACUUGGCACAUAUCGACUGCGCCCUUAUGACCCACCUCAAGAGUUGAGUCCAGAAAACUGCGACAAGGAGUGGGAGAUUCUUACUCGCGAUGAGCAUGAACGCAGCCAGCUUAUUAACGAGACAAUUCGUGACAUCAAGAAUCAGCUGCGCCGCUCGUUCGCCGACAAAGCAAAUGACUUUGCGCUGACCUUAAAGACCUUGUCAUUGGCUAUCUCUGGACUAGAUGGCGACGUUGAAGACCAGCUAGACCAUGUCAAGAGGUUAAACGAUAACUUGCCACCUCUUGACGCUUUCCUUGACACUAUUGCAGAGCUGGAUCAGCAGUGUGCCGAGGCCAACAUCGAAGAAAACGAUUUCACUACAUACACUCUGGACGAGCUGGCAUAUGAGCUCAGUCUUGUUAAGUCUAGUAUUUCAAAGAAGCUGGCUUUCCUAGACAACCAGAUGGUUGCUCGUAACAUGACCAACCUGACACCCAUUCAAUUGGAAGAAUUCGAGUCUGUUUUCCGCCAUUUCGACCGCGAUUCUUCCAACACGCUCCAGGAACUCGAAUUCUCUGCAGCAUUGGCCAGUCUGGGUCUGGUAUACGAUGAAGAGGAGAUGCACCAGGUGUACGUUGAGGUCUGUGGGGCCAAUCGCCUAUCACAAAAUGCCGGAGUGAGCUUCGAACAGUUCAUUCGGUUCAUGGUCAGCGUGACAGAGGAUCAGAACACUGCCGAGCAGGUUUUCCAGAGUUUCAGGGAAGUAGCCGAUGGCAAGCCUUAUGUUACUGAACUUGAUCUCCGACACUCACUCAUUCCUGAUGAAGUUAUCGAGCACUUGGUCAAGACAAUGCCAACGCACGAUGGACCCGAUCUCCUUGAGGACAGAGAGUUGGCCAAGUACGACUACAUUAGUUUCAUGGAGAAGAUGAGAGAAGAAGGCAAAAAGAAUGGGUGCGAACAGUAA